GGCUGCGCGGGGGAGCCUGCAUCGACGAGCGAAGGUAGUAAGAAAACCAGUUCCACGCCAAAGCCACAAGCGCGCUCGAUCUUGUCCCGCGAGCGCACAAAGUGUGUGCGUACAGCACCGUCACCACCACCACCACCAUCACCAUCACCGUUCAGCAUCCACCUUCUAUUGCCAACGAAUCGAAGCAAGCACUGCGCGCUGGAGGAUUGAAAACUGUACAGCGUGUUGAAGUGUGCAUGUGAAUAAAGUGAAAAAAAAUCUAAGUAAAAAAACAACCAUUUCACACAAAAAGGAAUUGAGUGGAGUGGCAAGUGAACUUAAGUGAAACAAAAAAAAAAUCAAUCCAGAUAGUGUAUUUCCGCUUAAUUAUAUAAAAGUGACGACUCGAAUGUUUAUCCAUUAAUAACAAAACAAACGAAUGAAAAAAAAGAAACGACUUCCCAGCACACACAGUCUUAUUAUUCAUCGAGCACAGUUCAUAAAGCGCCGUUUCGACGUUGCCUACGUUCUUGUCGGUGCAAAGCGGCGAGUAGCGUCAAAUUAAGCGCCCGUAAACAGCAAGGAAGCAAAGGAUUACAAACUGAAUGUGGCUGGAGGCAGAGUGUAUAAAGAUACACAUUUCUUCGGCAAACGUUUCGAGCUUCCUAGGCAAUCCCGAGGUGAAAGCAAAACCCCCGGGCAGCUCAACAACUCAUCGUAGUGUAGUGAAACACAUCAGAAAGACGUCAAACGGGGCAAGUCCUUGACGUUUGUUUUUCCACGCAAUCCAACCUGCCGGCUAGCCAGCCGGGAGGGAGACAGUGGUAGUGAAAAUUUUAUUUCCUCUUGAUAUCCUCCGUGCGUUUGCAAGACCGAAGUGGGCCGCGUGUCGCAAGAAGAUGUGAAUUUGGUGCUAGUUUUCCAGCAUUCCGACACUUGUUUCUCCAGCCGUGUGUGGGCAAUCGGUGAAACAAACGACGAACGACCGGGCGAAUCACCCCCUAAAGGUGUACAUCGUACGCUCGUGUGUGUGUGUGUGUGUGUGUAUAUGUGCUGUGUGCGUGCAUGUGUGUGUGCGGAAAGGGAGGGAAAAUUGUAUUGAGCAAAGUGAUUUAUUCAUUGCCCGGAAGGUGAAUGUCGUGCGUGGUGGCGCCUCUGCUCGGUUUGUGAUCGGCGAGCGUGUGCGUGUGUUUUUUUUUUUAUUUUAUUUUAUUUUCUCGCAUUGUGUGUUAGUUGUGCUUCCCGGGGUGGGUGGCAAUUUUCGCCCCCUGCUGAAAUACACACACCAAUCGAAUGUGUGUGUGUGUGUUUGUGUGAGUGAUACGCAAUUUUACACUGGUAACCGGCAACGCUUCAAAGUGGCAGAAGAUUGAGACGUGUUGGUGCUGUGUCAAUUUCUUUCGAAGCUUUUUCGAGCAUCUUCGUCCGAUUUAAGCAGUGGGGCGGUGUGCGAAUAAGUGUGCGUGCGAAGUGGGCUGGCGCAAAAGGUGAAAAGUUAUUGGAUUAUGUAUCAAUCACGUUUGCCCGGCUGCAGUGCGUAGAGGGUACUUGGUAGCGCGGGUUACUUGUAUUGCUGCCCCUUUUUUUAUUGCCAUUUGGUACCCUGUUUGCUCUGGUUUGGGGAGUGAAACUGAAUACGCGUGGUGAUCGCAGUGAGUUGCUACCACGGCAAUCGCGUAGGACUUGGAUUUUGUUUUAACGCAGUCAACGGUAAGCGGUUUGGAUGCUGAAGGGCUGAAAUUUGGAAGUGCUUCUAAGACGUGCGUCAUCGCAGACCAACGACUUUAAAAGGGCGAGCAGCACAAAACUAGCAGCACCACGUCGAAACGUUGCCUCGAGCGCAACAAUUGCACCAACCGAACAGCGUGCGCCACGGCAUGGAAUAAGGAGCGGAGUCUCCACGCCAUCGCAGCGCAACGAAGGUCCCGUUGCAUCAACGCAGCACGCCUGCCUGCGAACGAUGAGUACGGGAAACAUGUUGCCAAGGGCUGUAGAGCAGCACUGGGAAGUAGAACAGCCGCGCCGACAUUGGCUUCGUCAGCGACACUGUACGUCUGUGUAGGACGUGUCAUUGUAUAGUGUGUUUCUCCUCCGACCGGUAAAAAGGCUAGCUUUUCUAAGAAGCUAGAUGCUUUGUGACACCCCUUACCAACUCGCUCGGCACCCAGACCAGACGACGAACCGGCACUGUCAACCAGUGCGAAAAAGCUGGCCCGACUCCGCACGACGAUGCACGACUGAGGAGAGGCUGCAGCUGAAUAAAUAGAAGGCAAACACAAUUUCAAUGAUAAUCAUCAUCUGAUAGCGGAAAUAAUCGCAACCAAUUUCGACACCAGGCUGCAGCCACGGGAAAGCUUUGGUGCACGGCACCAACUUAAAGCACAACGAUCCGACGCUUGUGCCCUUGCGCCGUCUUCUCGAGGGCUUUUUGGCGACUGUUCCAUGUGUGAGUGUGUGUGAGACACGAUAAAAUAGAUAGCACUUCAGUAGCAGUGCGUGUUUGUGUGUGCUAGUGUGUGUGUGUUUGUGUAGGGAAGUGUAAACAGUGUGAGUGUGCAUCGAGAGCAACGGUGUCCAAAAUGUGUCCCAAUACGAACUGCACACGGACGAAAAUGAGUGCGUGGCGCUCCACAGACGACACAGUGCCACUUAGCACCAAACCGAUGCCGACCGGUCGAAGAAAACCGAACCCUUGGAGGGUCGGCGUGCUGGUGACGCUGCUGCUGGCAAUGCAGCUGCUCGUCAGCCCAGCGCACGGUACGGAAGAAUCGGACUUUACGAAACAGUGCAGCAACUGCAAGUGCAGCUGGAAGAGCGGUCGCAAGAGUGCGGACUGUACGAACCAGCGGCUACCGGUCGUACCGCAGGAGCUGAGCAACGAGCUGCAGAUCCUGGACCUGUCGCACAAUCAGAUCGACGAGCUGCCGGCGAAAACGUUCGAGGCCGCCCACCAGACGAACCUGCAGAAGCUGUACCUGCGCCACAACAGCAUGAAGCGGGUCGAUCGGGAUGCGUUCCGCAACCUGACCAUCCUGAUCGAGCUCGACAUGGCGAACAACAACCUGACCGCGCUCGAGGCGGGCGUGUUUGACGAUCUCACCAAGAUCCGGGUCAUCAUCCUGAACAACAACCAGAUCGAGCGGAUCGACAAGAACCUGUUCUACGGCCUGCAGUACCUGACGAAGGUGCACCUGCGCAGCAACCGGCUGGUGCGGAUCGCGCUGAACAGCUUCGUGAACGUGCCGAACCUGUCGCAGAUCGAGCUCGACUAUAAUGAGCUCCAGGCACUGCGCAAGGAAUCCUUCUCCGGGCUGGAGAAGCUGACCAGCCUGUCGCUCACGAACAACCCGUGGAACUGCAGCUGCACGCUGCGCAGCUUCGCCGAGUACGUGCUGGCGAAGAACCUGUACACCUCGCCGACCGCCUGCAGUGUGCCGAAAGCGCUCGCCGGCCGCCAGUGGACCGAGAUCGAGCUGGACGACUUUGCCUGCCCGCCCGCCAUCAUCGAGAACCGGAUGCAGUUCCCGGGGGCGGGCGAAAACGCUACCUUCAUCUGUAAGGUAACCGGGCUGCCGCUGCCGAAGAUUGACUGGCUGUUCCAGAAGCGGUCCUUCUCGCGCCACGACCAGCGGCUGCGCGUAACCGAGGCCGUGCGGACGAGUCCGCGCGACCAGAGCGAGGUGCUGGUGUCCGAGCUGACCAUCGUCGGCGUGCGGCCGUCCGAUCGCGGCACGUACGUGUGCAAGGCGACCAACCGGGGCGGUAUCGACGAGAGCGAGCAGUUCUUCGACCUGAAGGCGGACCCGCACCCGAUCACGUCCGCGACCCGCUCGAAGGACAUCCUGCAGAUCGUGCUGAUCGUCGUGGUGGUGGUGCUGCUCUUCGUCAUCCUCAGCUGGGUGCUGGUGUACUGCAUCUGCUGCCGGAAGCGGCGGUUCAAGAAAAACUCCGCAAUGAGAGAGAACGGCCAGCUGAACACGAAGAUGAUGGACAAAUCUCAGAACGAAUCGAUACUGGACGGUGGGUCCGUGAUGGUCGACAUGCAGAAGAGCCUGCUGACGGAGGUGAACCCGGUGGAGAAGCCGCCCCGCCGGGCCGACAUUGAUGCCGGCGAAAAGGGUCCGGGCAGCGGGGGCCAGAGCUCGGUCGGCGGUGACUACGACGAGAAGCACGAGGCCAAGCGAACGCUGCUGGAAGAGACAGGUUUUGUCGCCCAGGAUGAGGAAACAGCUUCGGUGGCGCUGUCGGACUCGAACCCGCGCUCCCGUGCCACCUUCGUAGAUGACGGCUGCGGCACCAACCUGCCGCCGGACCUGCUGGCCUUCCCGGCCCGCUUCCCCCAGUCGCCCUCGAUACAGAGCUCGAUGUCGAACAUCCACGACGGGCGCAUCUACGGUAAAUCGCCGCUGGCCAGCCCAAUCUACCAGACCGGACCGGGCACCAGCCUGGGCGGCGGUGCGUCCGCCCAGAUGCCGGCCGGGUUCCGCACGCUGCAGCAUCCGAAGACGGGUCGCACGAUAGCGAUUGCGGCGGCCCGCUCGAACUCACCGUUCACGCCGGCGCCCCUCAUCUACCCGCCGCUCGCCCUCAAACACCAGGGGUACGUGACAAUCCCGCGCAAACAGCGCACACCCAGCUGGACACCGUCGAUGAGCUCGGCGGUGACGGCCGAGCUGCUGCCGGCGGGCAGCGCUGGUCACAGUGGGGCCACCAGUCCCACCUCCCCCAUCGACCUGUCGCUCAGCGAGCCGGUGUACGACAAUCUCGGUCUGCGGACGACCGCGUCCGGCAACUCGACGCUCAAGCUGAACAAAACGGGCCUCCGGGGGACACCGCUCGGGUCGACGGCGGCCGGCACCGCGCUCACCUCGACACCGAUGGCAAAGUACAGCAUGAAGGAUCGGCCGCUGCCGGCCACACCCGGCGGCCAGACGGCAACGCCCAACAGCUCGCUGCUGGGGCACGGUGGUGGCAACUACGAGGCUAUACCGGAGGCACUGCCCUACGGUGCGGGACAAUCAAUGGUGGCCGGUGGUUUGAGCGGGUUCGAUCUCGAUCAGUCCUCCAUCUACGGUCCGGUGGUGGGGACGACCACGAACCGUAGCAAAGUUCCGCCCAGGCCACCGCCCAAGCCGAAGAAGAAGGCGGUCCUCCCGGCAGCGGGUGGCAUCGUGACGACCGGGGACGAUCAGAGCUCGGCACCGAGCGGCCAGAUGGCGACUGCUGGUGGUGACAGUAGCGGCAUCAACACCAGCACUACCAACACCAGCACCAGCCCGCUGGUGGCCGAAGACUGCGACGACGGUACCGAGGUCUAGUGGGAGCGGCAAUCGCUCACCUUCCGCCACGGGACCAACAGACGCGUGCGCACACGGCACUUUUCGUAGGCCCUCCUGUUAGUACGGUAGUGCGUGAGUAUGAGACCAUAAUUUAAUUCUAGCCCUUAGUAUGUUCCACCACUCGACUGGGUGUGUGCGCAAGCGACAAUGACGUCGGCAUACUAGCAAACCCUUAACGAUCGAAUCGAGCGUAGGUCGAAUGCACACGGACACGAUGGUCGGGUGGACCCGGAUAUAUGACGAUUAUAGGGGUGCAACGCACAGUAAAAACAAAGUAGUUUAGUAAAGAAGUAAGGCGUAAGCGACGAACCGAUCCUCUAAAGCAGAAUGAAAUUUGAAAGUUUGCGAAGAUCACGAGCAGAAACGAACUUGUAACGGAAAUAGCUUUAGCGAACCAUAAACGGUAACGGUGUAGAUUUAUGGCGAGCUCGUGUUAAGUAAGAGAUAGCUAAUUUUCGAAAGAACGAAAAUCUAAGGUGAGUAAAGCACAAGCAUAUAGGUGCAUACACAAGCAGAUGUCGCGAGGGGAAACGAAAUUAUGGCCGAACGACUCGGACUCGUUUAAGGGAUAAUAUUAUUUUUCUUACAUUUUUUACAUUCGCAAUUACGUAGCAUUACAUCCACUCUCAUAGUGUAUUUAAUUUUUAACGAAAACAAUAGCGUAAGUCGAGUGUAACCGUCACGAAGGAGGAUCAUCGCUUUCGCGAUCGUGCACACCUGUGGGUGUGUUGGAUUUGGUAGGAUUUUUUUCUCCGAACCCAACUAGAGUGUAAACUCGGCAGUGUGCGUUCCGAGGACACACAUACCGAUCACGCUUUACCCACGAUACCCACAGUGAACAUGUUCGUUAGCUUUAGGUUAAGAGCGUUAGAUCGUUGGACGGGUACGAACGAACGUAGGGAUGAUGAUUUCAUUGCCGACAAAGCAUUUGGAGAGGAGGCUGUUAGAGGCUGUUGUAGUCAUGUGCAGUGCAGGAUGACGGUGGCAAUAGACAGAGACGACACCGAGCGAGCAGCAACACAGCUAUAGACAUAGCGUGAGUGUCAUAUUUUCUUUGUGAGAAAACUUUUUUUGCUACCCUCCUUUGCGAAAGCUUCCUCAAGGGCUCACAACUUGGGGACUUUGGUUUGCAAAAAAUUUAAAUAGAAACAAAUGCUCAUAAUCCAACCGGAUGAUGAUAAUUUACCAUAACAUGUGCGCUGUCCUGUUUGCAAUUUUGCUUUCUCCACAAAAGGGGCUUCCGCAACACUGCAUCGAGCAAUGUCCGGAAUAUCCUUGUUAACUCGUUUCACAACUCGCACCGCUCUACCCCAUCGGUAUCCAAAACGGCAUGUCACCGUAGCUCCGGGGUCACGUGUCGGUGGAUAAUUAUUACAAAUGAGCUGGAAAGGAACGACUCAUGUUUCACAGUGUCGUUACUUUCAUAAACACUGUGUACGCUCCGGUUUCCGGUUGUUGUUUAUUAUUCUAACAGCUGCUAACAGCGCCACUAACGAACCAUCGUUUUGUGCGCUGCAUCGUCCCUGACCGCCUCUCGGCAGGAAUGGAAUGAUGGCAAAAAAAAACGAUACAGACAACAGUAAAACACGAGAACGAGAACCAAUUUCGCUUAACCGGCACAGCACGGUCGAGCUUAAUCCGGGCACUGAGUACCGCCUGUCGAACCUCGGGUGAGAUGAAAGCAGCUUUUCCUCUUGAUUUUAAUUACGUGAUUACUCGUUGCACUUGAGAAAUAGCAACUUUAUUUUUUUAUUGCUGUUAUUCGCCACUUCGUUUAUUCUAUCCCGUUUUUGUCUCCACACGUUUGCCAGUCCGUCCCGCGGUACAGGGAAGCGUCACGUGGUGUGAUAAUGUUUUAAAUAAAUCUUUCUAUUACCAUCCGCUACCGUUCUGCUCAUACCGGUUUGGGUUUUGCGAGCGAGCUGUAGUCGCAAAGAAUGAAGAAAAGCUCAUAAAAAAACGAAACCAUUUUGGUAUGGUUACGUUCUCGUUUCCCCACUUGUGUCCUUUUUUGCUGUACGUUUCACCCUCUUUCACAACUCUUUUUCACGCUCUCCUUGCUCUGGUUAUGUUUCUACUGCUGCUGCUGCUACUGCUGCUACUGUUCAAGAGCUCGUCCUUUGCAGGGUGAAGAAUAGAACCACGACACGACGCGGAUCCUUACCGUUUUAAUUUCCGAAACGAAACACACUAAAUAACAGUGCCAAUUGACUGAACAAAAACCCGAAGGUGUGGAUGAGAUGAAGGAGAUAGAGAGAGAGAGAGAGAAGGCGAGAAGAGGAAAAAGAGAAACGAACAAGCAGUUGCGUUAGGGAAACCUCUUCAUUAUCGAAAGAGAAUAAUUGCAACAGCUACUACAAAAACGAUGAAAACACAGAAAAAUAGGAAAAAAAAGCAAACAGGCACUAAAGUUAGGGCAAAUUUAAUUAGGUGCGGCAACAAUUCGCGGCAACAUAGGGAGAGAGAGAGAGAGAAAAAAAGCUCGCGAGCUUUUCUGUUUUGUUUAUUGUGUCGUGUCGAAUAGGUAUGAACGAAGGCGACGUUUCCGAGGUCGAAAAUGUGAUGUAAUAUUGAUGUUGACGCUAAGGAGAAAGCGUAAGUGGACGGAUGUUGUUGUAGUAGCGUUUUGUUUGUUUAUCGAUCGCAAUAGUCCGACGAUCAUUCGAGAAGGAAACACGAUUGAAUGCUAAAUAUAGUUUAUUAUAAAAAAAAAACGAUCGUAAACCCAUCUGAAGGAUGAGCGUGGGACGAAUAUACUGGAUGGAUUGAACGAACAGUAGCCUGGUGGAUUGUUUAGAUAGAGCUGUACGAUAAGUGACUUAAUUGUAAUCGAACCGUGUUUAAACGCUUUAUCUCUUCUAUAUUUUACAGCACACUCCAACACUCGUUAUAUUACGCAGCGCACCUUACCCACGCAAGUGGGGAGUGCAUUUGUUGCAUCCAAUCGAUUUUGUGUUUAGUGUAAAGUGAUUGUAAUUUUCUUGCCCUUUUUCUUUAUUUUUGCUAUACCGUAAACAUCGAUUGCAUCAUCAUCAUCAGUCACGUGCCUUUGAUCCAUUUACUGUACACACUUACACACUCUCAUAACAUCCCUUGAGAACAGGUGGAUAUGAUUUGUAGAUACGUUUUGGGAUAGUUUUUAUGUCUUUUCUAUUUUAAGAACCUUAUUUAACACCCAACAAGUUUAUUAAAACAUCGAACAGUUUCACCUACAUUCACGUCAACACGUGAUGCGUCUUAAUUUCAUUUAGUAAGCUUCCAGAUAAGCAUCGGCGUGCGCGUGCGUGCGUGCGUGUGUAGCCAGCGUUAGAGUAAGUGUAGCGCCGUAUCAUCAAUAAAGCGCCGUAUGCUGCGGGCGAUAAUUGAAUAUAAA